AUGUCAAAACAUCUCUACAAACAAUACGUCCGAAUCGCCGGAAAAUGGCCGAAAGAUGCGAAUAAGGCACCGGAAAGAGAUUUCGCGGUGUUUCUCUCGAAAGAAAUCGAGCGUCAAUUCCAGCCAAAUGGUCCAGCGGCAUCCGAAUCAUCUGGAAUAUGUGAGAAAAGACUGCAAGCAUUGGAUCAAUUAUUGAAUAACGAAGUGAUGAAGAGACAUCCGAAUUCAUACACUUCUGGAGUAUUCGGAAUGAGAUUAUCUGAUCUACAGGCGGCCUCUUCUGAAGAGAAUCGAAAACAGAUGGGACUGAAGCCGAAGGAAUCGAUAUUCAAGAAGAUUUAUCGGACUGUUGUGCCCGAGAAGAAAUAA